CCCAGCCGCCUCCUGCUCCCUCUUUCUCUCCUCCUUCCCUUUUUCUCCCUCGCGAUCCCCCUCUCCUGUCGCCCCCCGGCGUCUCGGAUCCCGAGCUGGACGUUCCCUCCGCCCCUGCUUCGCCGCCUCUCUCUUUCCUUCCUCUCCUUGUCUCUUUCGGUCAGUCCCCCUGCCUCCCAUUCUCUCUGCGUCUCCGCUUCUCCCCGCGUCUCCCUCCGGGUUUCUCGCUCCCCCCUCCCUCCGGGCAUCCUCUCCAGCCCCCCGCCUCCCGCCCCCCGUGCCCUCCCUCCUCGUUGGCUCCCCUCCCCCUCCGCCCCUCGCAGCCCCGCCGCUCGCAGCUCCCCAGUCAGCCUCCCCGAACCGGCGCCGCCGCCGCCGCAGGACCGGCCCGCCCGGCUCCCCGGGGUGCGCCCUCCUCGGCCCCGCGCCCUCGGGGCUCGCCGGCACAGCCUCCCCCCCGCCUCCGGCUCUCGGCCCCGCCCGGCCCGGCCGCAGCCCCGCGCCCGAGCGCGCCGAGGAUGUGAGUCCCGCUCGCCUCUCCCGGAGCAGCAUUCCCCGGCGCGCCGAGCCGGAGCGCAGCGCAGCGCAGCCGCGGGCGCUGGCGGGGUCGCUCGGGCCGGCCGCGCGCUCCCGAUCCAGCGGCGCCCCCACCCCACCACCACCCCACCGCCGCCCCGGGCCUCUCGCCGGCGCCGCCGCCGCCGCCGCCGCAGCUCGCGGGCCGUCCCCGGCCGGCCGGCCCCGGCCCCAGCGCCGCUGACCCUGUCCGCCGCGGGCGGGGACGCGGGCGGAGGAGGUGCCGCCGCGGAGCCCCCGGACGCGACCAUGUCGGAGGUGCUGCCCUACGGCGACGAGAAGCUGAGCCCCUACGGCGACGGCGGCGACGUGGGCCAGGUCUUCUCCUGCCGCCUGCAGGACACCAACAACUUCUUCGGCGCCGGGCAGAACAAGCGGCCGCCCAAGCUGGGCCAAAUCGGUCGGAGCAAGCGGGUUGUUAUUGAAGAUGAUAGGAUUGAUGACGUGCUGAAAAAUAUGACAGACAAGGCACCUCCUGGUGUCUAACUCCCCCAAAGACAAUGAGUUAAGGGAGAGAAUAAGAGUGAGACCGGCGGUUAACAGUUAUUGGCAAAAAGAGCAUGAAAAGAGAAAGCACUUUGAAAUUGAUUACUAGCUUGCUACCCGCGAGGAAAUCAACAACCUGUAUCCGUGUCAGGCCGGGAGACAGAUGAGGCGUGAGAAGGAGAAGGCUCUGGGCUCCUUUGCAAAAAUAAAAGUGAAAAAAAAAUUUUUAAAAAUUAAAUCACUAUAUACACACAUGUAAAGAAAUAAAAAGAAGUCUCAGUUGCAGCUAUUUGUCAAAGUUAAUAUCCAUUUCUUUUUAUAUACAGUGAAUAUUGCGCAAUUAUAGAUCUGGAUUUUGAACCACUUAAAUAAUGAAGCAACACCGGGUGUUUUGGGGUGUUGGCAUUCUUCGCUGAUUUGGCUGUUCCCAAUGUUUACAUUAUUUAAUCUUGCAAAAAUGAUUCUGUGCACUUGGAUGUGAAAUGCUGUCCAGUUAUUUUUUUUUUUUUAUGUUGUUAUCUUUGGAUGUACAAAACAAAUCAGAAAAUGAUCUCUAUAGAUAUACCAUCCUAUUUUGGUCAUCUUUUGAAGUUAUCAAGAGUGUGUUUAAAACGAGAAGAGAACUUUUUUAAGGAAUCAUGCAUAGAAGGAAUCCUUGCUUUAUUUUAAAAUGAAUUGUAAAGCUGGUGUUUCUUUGUUGCUACAAGCUAUUUGCCCAAGUUAAUGCAAACGAACACAUUUUAUAUGUCAGGAAAAAAAACACAUAAAAAAAGCAAAGAAAAAAAAUGCUUGAGCUUUUUCUAACCUCUCCCUGCAGUCUGUUGUGUGAGCAGCCUGUUUUUUCCUCUAAUAUUGUGUCAGUUUAUUCUCUUUAAUGGACUGUAAAAAAAAUGUAAUCACAAGAGUGCCAAAUAUCUUGAAAUGCCAAAAGGCAUUUUGGUUUCUUUUCUUUUCCCUGUGCUCUGAGUCCACGUAAAGGAAUGCUUGGAGUGUCUUUUUCUGUUAUUUAUAGGGGUUCUCUUAAGGCACACCAGCUGCCUGUUUUGCAUGGUAUUUGCAAAAAUGCCUCUUGCGUGAGGAAAUCUUCUACCAUUUUUUUGUUGUUGUUGCAACUUUGGACCUCAAGAGGUUUCUUCCUUACCCUACCCUGCUGUCCCCUCUUUUAAUUCGAUAUUCUGUAUGUUGCACCUUUAACCAGCACACAGGGCUAUUUCUCCAAUGUACAAUAAAAGAACUGUUCCUGUG